GACCCCGAGGGGAAGCCGAAGAAGGCGUCGAUCCGGGACAACGGGGACGGCACCUACACCGUGUCCUACGUGCCCGACACCACGGGGCGCUACACCAUCCUCAUCAAGUACGGCGGCGACGAGAUCCCCUACUCGCCCUACCGCAUCCGCGCCGUGCCCGCCGGCGACGCCAGCAAGUGCACCGUCACCGUCUCCAUCGGAGGUCACGGCUUAGGGCCGGGCCUGGGCCCCACCAUCCAGCUGGGCGAGCAGACGGUGAUCACGGUGGACGCGAAGGCGGCGGGCAAGGGCAAGGUGACGUGCACCGUGCGCACGCCCGACGGCUCCGAGGCCGACGUGGACGUGGUGGAGAACGCCGACGGCACCUUCGACGUCUUCUACACCGCCCCCCAGCCCGGCAAGUACGUCAUCUGCGUGCGCUUCGGCGGCGAGCACAUCCCCAACAGCCCCUUCCAGGUCAUGGCCACGGACCGCCCGCUGCUGGGCGUUAACGGGCUGGACAUGGCCGGGCUGCGCCCCUUCGACCUCGUCAUCCCCUUCACCAUCAAGAAGGGCGACAUCACCGGCGAGGUGCGCAUGCCCUCGGGCAAGGUGGCCAAGCCGGACAUCACGGACAACAAGGACGGCACCGUCACCGUGCGCUUCGCCCCCACCGAGGCCGGCCUGCACGAGAUGGACAUCCGCUACGACACCAUGCACAUCCCAGGCAGCCCCCUGCAGUUCUACGUGGACUACGUCAACAGCGGGCACGUCACCGCCUACGGCCCCGGGCUCAUCCACGGCACCGUCAACAAGCCGGCCACCUUCACCGUCAACACCAAGGACGCCGGCGAGGGUGGGCUGUCGUUGGCCGUGGAGGGGCCGUCCAAGGCGGAGAUCAGCUGCACGGACAACCAGGACGGGACGUGCAGCGUCUCCUACCUGCCCGUGCUGCCCGGCGACUACAGCAUCGUGGUCAAGUACAACGACAAGCACAUCGCCGGCAGCCCCUUCACCGCCCGCAUCACCGGGGACGACAGCCUGCGCCUGUCCCACCUGAAGGUGGGCGCCUCGGCCGACAUCCCGCUGGACAUCGGCGAGAGCGACCUGAGCCAGCUGGCCGCCACCGUCACCGCGCCCUCGGGCCGCAAGGAGCCCUGCCAGCUCAAGCGCCUGCGCAACGGCCACCUCGGCAUCUCCUUCGUGCCGCAGGAGGUGGGCGAGCACCUGGUGCACGUCUCGCGGGGGGGGCAGCCGCUGGCGCGCAGCCCCGUGGCCGUCACCAUCAGCCAGGCCGAGCUGGGCGACGCCAGCCGCGUGCGCGUGGCCGGGCCGGGGCUGCGCGAGGGCCGCACCUUCCAGCCCGCCCACUUCACCAUCGACACCCGCGACGCCGGGUACGGCGGGCUCAGCCUGUCCAUCGAGGGGCCCAGCAAGGUGGACAUCACCACCGAGGAGCUGGAGGACGGCACGUGCCGCGUGGCCUACUGCCCCACCGAGCCCGGCAACUACAUCAUCGCCGUCAAGUUCGGCGACCAGCACGUCCCUGGGAGCCCCUUCUCGGUGAAGGUGACGGGCGAGGGCCGGGUGAAGGAGAGCAUCACGCGCCGCCGCCGCGCCCCCCCCGAGGCCAGCGUGGGCACCGCCUGCGACCUCAGCCUCAAGAUGCCUGAUCUGAGCCCCCACGAGCUGACGGCGCUGGUGACGGGCCCCUCGGGGCAGACGACGGCGGCGCAGGUGCUCGAGGGCGAGGGGGGGGGCGCCUACAGCAUCCGCUUCGUCCCCGCCGAGACCGGGGGGCACUCGGUGAGCGUCAAGGACCACCGCGGGCAGCACGUCCCCGGCAGCCCCUUCCAGUUCACCGUCGGCCCCCUGGGGGAAGGGGGGGCCCACAAGGUGCGCGCCGGGGGGCCCGGCCUCGAGAGGGCCGAGGCCGGAGUGCCAGCCGAGUUCAGCAUCUGGACGCGCGAGGCGGGCGCCGGGGGGCUCUCCAUCGCCGUCGAGGGGCCCAGCAAGGCCGAGAUCGCCUUCGAGGACCGCAAGGACGGCUCCUGCGGCGUCUCCUACGUCGUGCAGGAGCCCGGCGACUACGAGGUGUCGGUGAAGUUCAACGAGGAGCACGUCCCCGACAGCCCCUUCGUGGUGUCGGCCUCCUCGCCCUGCGACGCGGCGCGGCGCCUCACUGUUUCUAGCCUUCAGGAGUCCGGCCUCAAGGUCCACCAGCCGGCCUCCUUCGCCGUCAGCCUCAACGGGGCCAAGGGGGUGCUGGACGCCAAGGUGCACAGCCCCUCGGGCGCCCUGGAGGAGUGCCACAUCUCCGAGGUCACCGAAG